AUGUCCCUCUCGUCCCUCAUCCCAUUGGCUCCCGUUCCUCUUCCCGUUGCUCCCGUCCCUCCCGUCCCUUCCGUCCCUCCCGUCCCUCCCGUCGCUUCCGUCCCUCCCAUCCCUCCCAUCGCUUCCGUCCCUCCCGUCCCUCCUGUCCCUUCCGUCCCUCCAGUCCCUCCCGUCGCUUCCGUCCCUCCCGUCACCCACGUCGCACCCGUCGCUCUCUUCCCUUCGGUCCCUCUCGUCCCUCUGGGCCUCUCGCAUUCCUUCCCUCUUCGCCUCUCCCCUUUCCCUACACUCUUCAACCCUCCCCUGCGCGGAGUUUCCCCCCCUUCCCUACAAGCGGCUUCAACCCUUCCCUAG